AUGACGUUCGACUCCAGCAUCCUUGUGCUGAAGGUGGGCACCUCUACCAUCAUGACUUCAGACGAGAGAGGACAGCGUGUGAACGUCGCCAACCUCUCCAGACUAGUGGAGGUGAUCGCGGACCUCGGCCACAAGGGCUACAAGGUCGUGCUGAUCUCCUCAGGGGCCGUGGGCAUGGGCUGCCGCGAGCUUGGACUCAAAAAGAAGCCCACGGAUCCGGAGAUGAAGCGAGCAGUGGCAGGUGUGGGACAGAGCCGCAUCAUGCGCCUCUACUCAGAGCUUUUUGAGACAGUGGGGCUCAGAAUAGCGCAGCUGUUGGUCAGCCAGCGAGACUUCUUGGAACAGCAGCGCUGGGCAGAGAUCCGGGACACGAUCUCGGCAUGCCUUGACGCAGGUGUCGUUCCCAUCAUCAACGAAAACGACACUACCAACACCGAUGGUGUUCGCUUUGGCGACAACGACAAUCUUGCUGCUUUGACCGCCAUCCAGCUGGAAGCUGAGGGUGUGUUCCUCUUCACGGAUGUUGACUACCUCUACACCGCGAACCCCAAUGUUGAUCCCUCGGCGGAGCCCAUGAAAGUGGUGAAUGAAGCCUUCGAGCUGAACGUCGACACCAGAGAACCAGGCUCCUCCCUUGGAACUGGUGGCAUGUCAACGAAGAUCGCGGCCGCUCGCACAGCCCACUGCGCCGGAGUCCCCUGCGGCAUCCUGCACGGGAAGCACCCGGAGCGCAUCUACAGCUUCUUGACCCGGCACGAGGACGACCUGACGCCCACCAAGGCGCCAUCAUCCGAGGCCUGCAGCGACGCGGAGAACGAGGAGCCGGAGGGCACCUUGUUUGCGGCCCACGGGGAGCAGGCCACUGAGGAGGAGCGGUGGAUCCUGAGCUUGCCGCUGGUGGGCGAAGCUCACUUGGCUGAGCUCCUCCCUGACCUGCGGCAGGCCGUCCUGAAGGCUGCAGAGGAAAGCUUGGAGAACAUCAAGUGCCUUUCGGAGGUUUGCCACCAUGGAGGCGUCCGGAUCUUCCACCAGCAGGUGGAGAUUGCCCGAGUGAGGGUUGCGUUCAAUGAGGAGGGGCGCACCUUGCCCAGCAGCCCCGAGCAGGGCGUGGUGCUCACGCCUGCUGCGGAGGGCCUUUGCUGA